UUUCAUCGUCAUUCAAAGGCGGACGACAAGCUCCAACUACGUGCUACGACAGCGACUACUUCCAAAAGUUAAUCGAGCUUGUACAUGAAGGAAUGCAAAUAUAAUUAACUGUACCAAUUCUCGUGCAGUAAAUUGYUUAAAUCUCUUAACAGCAGUUUUUUGUUCAAAUUAAAACACUAUUUAAACAAAUGUAGCCCGAAGUGUUAAAAUACUAGCGCCACAUUAUGUUAUCAUUGUGCGGAAAAAUCUUACACGCUGGAAUUUAGUAUAUAAAGAUGUGUGCAUGAGAAAGCUUUACAAAAUUCAAAUGGCAUAUCAGAGGCUGAAUUCGCCUGAGUGGCUGACAGAGAAUUAYGUACAGGAGGCGUUAUGUGUUCACCACAAGGAUCCCAAUCUUCACCUAUACUCCAUACACGCCCAACCGGCCAUGGGAAAGGGUGAGAAUUUUGGUGGAGUUUUGACUCGAGUCAUAGCAAAAUAUCAACUUAGCAGAAGCCAACAGCGACUCGAGAAGAGUUUAAUUGUGAAGACCUCUUACGAAAGCGAUCCUAUUGCAAGCGCUAUAAUGGCUCCUUAUGAUAUAUUCAAUCGUGAAAUGUCCAUUUAUGAGGAAGUGUUGCCUAAGUUAACUGCGCUGCUUCGCGAGAUCGAUGAUUCAGAUGAGUUGUUUUCUACAGCCAUCCAUGUAGAUCACAAACGCCAAUUGCUGAUUUUCGAGGAUCUUAAGGAGAAGGGCUUUAUCAUGGCGAAUCGCUUGCAAGGCCUAGAUAUGACACAUGCAAAACUAAUACUGCUGAAGUUGGCUAAAUUGCAUGCCACAUCKGCAGUGCUUAAUGAGCGUGAGAAUAGUCACUUGGAAAAAUACGAUCGCGGCUUCUUUAACCGCUACACCGAUAAUUAUAGUACCUAUUUUGUUGGAUCCCUGUUGUUAUGUGCUGAGUUUAUAUUGACAAAUAUGCCCGACCUUGCGUUCUAUGGGGAUAAAUUAAAAAGACUGGCACCGCAUUACAUGGAAAUCGGAAAACGUUGCUUCACACCCACACCGGGGCACGUAAAUGUGUUGGCCCAUGGCGAUGUUUGGAUCAACAAUGUUAUGUUCAAAUACGACCCGAAGACAGGUGAACCAGUAGAUGUGCGCAUUAUCGACUUUCAGUACUCAUUUUGGGGCUCGCCAGCACUAGAUCUGCACCAUCUCUUCAACACCUCGCUGCAAGAGCCCUUGCGCCUUUAUAAACAGGAUAUACUAUUCCAAUAUUACCAUGGUAUUUUCAGCGAUGUGCUGAAAAGACUGGGCUAUAGUUCACUCCCAGUACCUUCGUUAAACCAUUUCCGUCAACAAGUUGAGCAGAAACGUUUCUUCGCUUUUCAUUCGGCGUGUGUCAUACAACCUGUGAUGAUAAAUGAAGACACAGCUGAUGCAGAUUUUAAUUCUUUGGUAGGCGAGGAUGAGCGUGCAAUUAAAUUCAAAUACAGCUUGUACCGCAAUAAGAAGGUUCAGAAAAAUCUUACAAACUUACUACCAGUAUUCCAUAGACGGGGACUUUUGGAAGUGAAUCAGGCAGACUAACAAUUUCAACAUAGUACCUUAAAUAAAAUUGAUAAUACUAUAAACGAAGUAAAAAAAACAUAUAUAUAUAUAUAUAUUUAAACGCUUACGGAGACAAUUUUUUUAACAAGUAACCGUAGUCUUUCCAGUUAGAAUAUUUUAGCACAUACUGUAGUUACAGCCGACUCGAAUAAAAUCUUUAUUAGGAAAAAAGUUGUAACUCAGCAGAUCGCACCAAAUGUUUUACUUAACAGCUGCAAAUGGAAUGACAUUCAAUUAUUUACACGACUUGUAAAACAGAUUUAAACAACAACAAUUUCAUUUAAUCUUUGUGAAAUGUGUUUGUAUCCAAAUGUUUAUUACUCAAAARAAUAAUGUGAUCUUUACCAUUAUAUUGAUUAAGUACAUAGUCUACAAAAUAUUUGAUUAUUUUGGAAAAAUAAACGAUUUAUUUCUGAAUGUA